AUGCAGAUUUUCGUGAAGACGCUCACAGGCAAGACGAUCACUUUGGACGUCGAGCCUUCGGACACCAUCGAAAAUGUGAAGGCCAAAAUUCAGGAUAAGGAAGGAAUUCCCCCUGAUCAGCAGCGUCUGAUUUUCGCGGGCAAGCAGCUCGAGGACGGCAGAACUCUUUCCGACUACAACAUCCAGAAGGAGUCCACUCUCCACUUGGUUCUUCGCCUUCGUGGUGGUAUCAUCGAGCCGUCUCUUGCAUUGUUGGCCCAGAAGUACAACUGCGAGAAGAAGGUGUGCCGCAAGUGCUAUGCUCGUCUUCCCCCCCGUGCCACGAACUGCAGAAAGAAGAAGUGCGGACACAGCAACCAGUUGCGCCCCAAGAAGAAGCCCAAGAACUAA